UUUGUAGUGUAUCCUAACAACCAGGGAGCCUCCUGGGCUCUUUGUAGCAACAGUGGGAGAAACUGGAGGGAGACAGUGAUAUUCUACUGGAUGCAUUAGACAUUAGGCUGUCUCUGCCAAUUAAAAAUUCCCAGCUCAAGUGCAAAGAUUUAAGGAAAUCAGUGACAACUCAAGCAUAGACCCAUUAUGAGGCUUGGAGUGUAUCAAUAGCCUUGAGUUCCUGUGAACAAGAUCACCUUCUUUAAAAACUGUCCUCAGGGUCAGAGCACCUCUGGAAGUGAGGUUACCAGGUAGAACCCCAAGACAUUUUGUGGCAACAGUGGAGAGGGGCAAACCAACAUCCGGAGAACAUGAGCCUCAAGUCCCCAAUGUCUGCUCCUCAGUUUGAGAGCAAAUGCAGCCAUAUUAUGGCUAGAAAUGGAGGUUGUUUUCUAGUCCGGCACACCCCUCAUCCCAGAAGGGUGUGCCACAUCAAAGGUUUGAAUAACAUUCCCAUCUGUACUGUGAAUGAUGAUGAGAACUCACUGGGAACAUUGUGGGGUGUUGGCCAGUUCAACCACUUAGAGAAGGAUGAGACACCAUUUGCCAAAUGCGGUUACCCACCCAGCACUGCGACCCUGGAGAGUCCUGUCAGAGAAGUCACACCGGCCCCAAACCAUAUCAAAAUGCCCCCUCGGCCUCAUUCUGAGCCCUGCAGAAAAAUCAGAGAGUGCUUCAAAACUUCCAGUGAGAAUCCCUUAGCAAUUAAAAAGGAAGAAAUUAAGGUAAAAGAGCCACUGUCACCUCCAAAGGCAUGCUCUACUGCUGGCUCUUGUUCUUCAGAGGUGAUGAGUACCAAGACCGACGUCAAAGAGAACACCAUUUGCAUACCAAACUAUCUGGAUCAGGAAAUCAAAAUUCUGGCAAAGCUCUGUAACGUUUUACGUACUGAUUCCCUGGCGGAAGUUCUACAGUGGCUGGUUCAUGCCAGCACAAAAGAAAAAGAAUGGAUCUCAGCUUUGAUUCAUGCUGAAAUGGCUGAGAUAAAUUUGUUGACUCAACGAAGAAACAUCUCAGCAGAACUAGCAACAGAGAGUAGGAAGCCACCCAAAGUUAAAUCGCCCCCAAAUUCACCUGCAAAAUCUAAAGUACUGACCAAAUCGAGGGAAAGACAGCAACCAACCAGAGUGUCAAGUCAAGGAUCUGAAGGAAAUAAGGAAGUACCAAAAGAGGCUGAACACAGGCCUCCAUUUUUUAUAAGAAGAAAUAAGAUGAAAAUGCCCAUUGCAGAAUAUUUCAGCAGACCAAAGUCUCCUCCCAGGCCUAAAACUCAGGAAAGCAUAUCAACAAAACCAAUGUCAGCAAGAAGUAUACAAGGAUGCACUCUCUCUCCCCAGAGAGCAUUUUAUCCUUUAACAUUCCAAAGGUAGAAAUUCUGGACUGCGCUAUUUCUUUCACAAACAUGAUCUUCACUCCAUUACAACAUCAAAUUAUUUUUUAAAAAUAUUUUGGUAUCAAAGAAUCAAUAACUCCUCUAUUUGGUGGCACAUGUUCAAAGCACCUGUGUAUAAUGCUACUAAAUAAAUAUUAAUGGAGACAGUA